AUGCUCCAGCUCCUCGUCGCCGUGCUGGCGUUCCUCUCCCUCUCCCUCGCGCACCGCAUCGACAUCGAGCCCGGCACAAAGGCAUGCUUCUACGAGACGCUGAACCCGGAGGACCGCGUCGGCCACGGCGGCCAGAUGGACAUUGACUUCUACGCUGACGAUCAGGUUACGGCACCCAACGGCAACACGAUCGCGACGCAGAGCAAGCAGGCGCAGGGCACGUUCAGCACGACGGCGACCAGCACGGGACGGUACACGUACUGCUUCUCGAACGAGAUGAGCUCGUACGCGACCAAGACCGUGUCGUUCAACGUCCACGGCGUGCUGUACUCGGACACGGACGAGAUGGGCCCCGUUGAGGAGGAGAUCCGCGACCUCGCCUCGGGUCUCCAGCUCGUCAAGGACGAGCAGGCAUACCUCGUCGUGCGUGAGCGGGUGCACCGCAACACGUGCGAGUCUACUGUGAGUAUCCGAGCAGGCGUAGGCUGCGUCAGUCUACCUUCUGAGGGGCUGUCGCAUGCAGAAUACUGGCUAUCGCCUAGCAGAGCCCAGCUCAGUGGUUGCACGGCCUAG